AUGACCGACCUCUCUUCCUAUGACGAAAUCCUUAAUUCCCUAGAGGAAGACAGCUACUACGCCAUCAACAGCAGCGAUCUCUCUCCUUCGAUCCAAGCCUGGUCCCACUCCACAGACAGCAAUGAGCCCGACCUUAGCGGCCUCAACCUCUCGUCCGCCUCAUCAUCAUGGGUCGACCCCCUAGAAUCCGCCAUAACAGCCACCCGCAACGGCUCCUCGCCAGUCCUCAGCACCCUCUCCCAAUUCACCGCCCUCCUCGCCCAAACAGGAAUCCACGGCCCCCGCAUCUUAAAAGCCUUCAACCUGUCCACCCGAGGAACCAAAAUCGGCGCAGGCAACCAGUUCACCGUCUUCACCGACCCCAUCUACGAAGGCCAAGUCAUCAAGCGCGUCAUUGUCCCGCUGCCCAGUAAAGCUGAGCAGCGCUUCGCAGCUAGCAAAGAGUACCGCCUCCAGCUGCGCACACUGGGACUCGAGGUUCUCUCGCUAUGUAAUCCCGUGCUUCGCGCACACCCCAACAUCACCAGUCUUCUAGCGUGGGGGUUCGAUUUCCCCUUUGCGGAUAUGGCGGUGCCGGUGCUAUUCAUGGAGGCUGCAAUGAUGCCUUUAUCCGAUUUUCUGGGCACGGAGAAGCGCGCCGUGGAGGUGCGGUAUCAGCUCUCGCUGGAUGUCGCGAAUGGGCUGGAGUCGCUGCAUCAUCUGAGGAUCGUGCAUGGGGACGUGAAGCCGGAAAAUGUGCUUGUGUUUGCGGGUCCGAGUGAGCGCGUGCCCUUCCGGGCGAAGUUGAGUGAUUUUGGGGUCUGUGUGGAUUUGGAGGCGCCCGAUGCGAAGUUCACGUUGAGUGAUUACCGGGGCACGCAGGCGUGGCUGGCGCCGGAGGUGGAGGAUGGGGAUCUGGGGAGGUUUGGGGGGUUUUCGUCGGAGUUGAUGUUUAGAUUUGACGCGUACAGCUUUGGGUUGGUGCUGCUGUCUAUCUUUACGGGGAACGGCGAGGCGCCUAUUCUGGAUGAGAAUCCGGAGAAUGUUCCUGGUCAACUUUUUGAGCUGCUCUAUAGCCAGGAGGAUAUUCCGUCUAAUAUACGCGGGGAGCUGCGCAAAGCGAUAUCAAAGCUCCUGUCCGAAGAUCCGCGGAAGCGCCCACUUCCUGGUCCGGGUUUGAUCAAAACUGACAGCCCUACAUACGCUGCUUGGCUCUCCUCUAUCCAAUUGACACCUACAAACAAGCACGUCGGGAUCAUUGACCCGAUCUAUAAUAAGGGUCCCUUGUUCUGGUACCGGCUUGAUGAAACCGUCCGGACAGAGCUGGAAGAGCAAUAUGCCCUGAUGAAAGAGGGCAACGCGCCGCCCUUCCCCGGCGAUGUGUUGUUUGGGCUGGCACAGACGGUUACCGGCGCGAAGCCCUCGUACCUCGAUCGGUUGCUAAMGUAUCUAACCGAGGCAGCCAGGGCGGGAUACUCACCUGCAAGGGCGGUAUAUGCGCAGAUCAUGGCGGCGCAUAGUCAAAAUCCGGAGUUUGCGGACGAUGUGUUGGAGGAGUGGAUGUUGCAGGCGAUUUCUGAGGGGUAUUUCUUUGCAAGUCCUAGUUGCUCGAAGGAGAAGAUCGACGAAGCACAUGAACGGUUCAGGGCCAAUGGAGGGUUCUGUUCAGAUCCAUUUCUCGGGAAGAAAGAUGUUGUCGAGGCUGCGAGGGACAGGGACAGAGCGCUGAAAUGGGAGAGGAAGAAUGGAAGUAUUGUUGAUCGGCAAGGAAAUACGAUCCUACACGCUGCGGCUGCAUUGGGAGCUAUUCAUGCCGUUCAGGGAUUACUAGAUGAGGGCCAAGUCUCCGUCAACGUGGAGAAUGAGAAGGGAGAGACGCCGCUAUACAAAGCAUUCCAAGCUGGUCAUGCGAAAAUAAUUGAAUUAUUGCUUGACAAGGGCGCCGACGCCUCCACUGUGACUCUGCAGGAGAAGGUUAGUCCGAUGCACUGGCUGUUUAUGAUUCCGGGCUCUUCUAUUGUUGGAAUCGCGAGGAGAAUGAUCGAGGGAGGCGCGAAUAUCAACGCAACCAUCGAGCCUGUUGUCAAGGAGAACAGUGGUGGAUUCCCAGAAAAGAUCCAGAUUAUUCACUAUCCCUUCGAGCUCCCCCACGGCACACCUCUGCACUGGGCUUGCCUCUUCCGCAACAUGACAGCCGUCGAAGCCCUGCUUUCUCUUGGUGCCAAUGUCAACGCAAGCUAUCAUGCCUCAGAUACAUCCACCACUCCCCUUUUCUUGACCGCGUACUUUGGUGAACCAUCUCUAGCCAGGUACCUGAUAUCUCAGGGUGCCGAUGCCAGCCGGGUGGACUCCAUGGGGCGCAACACGCUGCAUGGGAUAACCAAGUACUUUCCCGAGCGACAUGGCUAUCUUCCUCACCAUUGGCAUUACUGGAUCCGCCACGGCAGCUUGGAGCAACAUCUGGCCCGAAUGACGGAAUUGGUCAGGAUACUCGUGGACGCAGGUGCAGAUAUCAAUGCCAAAGACAAGGGAUAUCCACCACUGACUCCCCUCGCGGCGGCUGCCGAUCUAGGAGUCUGGGACGGAGGGGUAAUCUGUGCACUGAUAGAUGCAGGGGCAGACUUGAGUGAAUCUGUCUUGUCGGCAGGAGAUACAGUUCUACACUCGUGGGCAUCCAUAGUUGGACCACGUCUAGCUUAUCCCGAAUCCUACCUGUCGACGAUGAAGAAAAUCGUCAACGCCAUGCCGGAUAUUGACAUCCCAAACAUGUUUGAAAAGGAUACUCCACUGCAUUCGUUAGCCACCAUCUACCACCCCGAGGAGGAAUUUGAAGCCGCAUGCGAGAUUUUCCUCGUCCACUCUCCUCCAGCAGACAUCAACGCAAAGACCCGUCGCGGCGCGACUCCGUUGACCAUCGCCCUCGAGACGGAUCUUGACCCGUCACGACGAGGCCUCUUCCUCCUGAGCAAGGGAGCCGACACGCUUGUCCUCAACGACCGGGGAAGGGACAUCUUCUUCUCGAUCGUCAGAAACACCGCCCUUACGGACCAGGCCUCGCAUGACCUGAUCCGAACAUUCCUCCGUCAUCUGAACCCUGAUAUCCAGCAAGCAUAUACAAAACACUAUCUACCCAAUGCCAACAGCUACGAAACCCUUUUCGCGGCCGCAGAACGCGGAAAACCACUCACACUAACCCUUCUCCUCUCCCUGGGCCUAGCCACUCGUAUCAACGAACUCGAGCAGAGUAAAACCCCACCAUGGACAGUCUUAGAUCAAGCCCUUCACUGGGCAGAGAUCAGCCGCCGCGCACACAUGCGCCGACUGGCGGACCACAAGUCCGGAGCUAGUAGGAACAAAGCUCUCGAGCAGAACCUCGUGUAUGAUGAAUCGCAGGGUCCGCCCGCUCGAGCUGCGGAGGCCUACCGGAGCUUUCCCGCGGUGAUCCGCGUUCUGAGAGAUGCGGGAGGGAAGCGAGCGUGCGAGUUGGAAGGUGAUUCGAGCACAGGGGAGUAUAUCGAGCAGCCUUGGGAGUGGGAUUUUACCGAGAUAUACCACUAUGGAUUUACGCCGAGAACGCAGCCGAAUUUGGAACAGUGGAAUGGGCUGUAUGGGAUGGCGAGAUAUUCUGAGCGGUGGCAAAAGGACAGGCUGAAUGCUUGGAAGGAGGAGUACGAAGAAGGAAGGUGGAGGCCGGAUGUUAGAAUGCUGGAGGAGGAGGAGCAAUCAUUUGUGAAGCAGCUAGUCCGUUGUCUGGCAGGAGAGGGGAGGGUCACGCUGGAGGCUGUAGAUGGCCAGAAAAGGCAAUGGCAGGUCGAGAUGGAGGGGGGGAAGAUUGUGAAUAGACAGAUCAAGAGGUGA